CCAGACUGCGACGAGCCCUAUCCUCGCCUGGUUGACCUCAACCUGGCCGGGGAGCCCACGGAGGAGGCGCCGAUGGCCGUCCAGAGGGAUUACGGCUUUUGGUGUCCUCGGGAGCUGAAAAUCGACCCGGAGCUGGGCUACUCCUUCCUGAGGGUCCGGGAUUGCUCCCCUCCUUGCCCCAACAUGUACUUCCGCCGGGAGGAGCUUUCCUUCGCCCGCUACUUCAUCGGCGUCAUCUCCAUCGUCUGCCUCUCGGCCACCUUGUUCACCUUCCUGACCUUCCUCAUCGACGUCACGCGCUUCCGCUACCCGGAGCGGCCCAUCAUCUUCUACGCCGUCUGCUACAUGAUGGUGUCCCUCAUCUUCUUCAUCGGCUUCCUGCUGGAGGACCGGGUGGCCUGCAACGCCUCCAGCCCUUCCCAGUACAAAGCCUCCACGGUGACCCAGGGAUCCCACAACAAAGCCUGCACCAUGCUCUUCAUGGUGCUCUACUUCUUCACCAUGGCCGGCAGCGUCUGGUGGGUCAUCCUCACCAUCACCUGGUUCCUGGCUGCCGUGCCCAAGUGGGGCAGCGAGGCCAUCGAGAAGAAGGCGCUGCUGUUCCACGCCAGCGCCUGGGGCAUCCCGGGCACCCUCACCAUCAUCCUGCUGGCCAUGAACAAGAUCGAGGGCGACAACAUCAGCGGCGUGUGCUUUGUCGGCCUCUACGACGUGGACGCGCUGAGGUAUUUCGUGCUGGCUCCUCUCUGCCUCUACGUGGUGGUGGGAGUCUCCCUGCUGCUGGCGGGAAUCAUCUCCCUCAACCGCGUCCGCAUCGAGAUCCCGCUGGAGAAGGAGAACCAGGACAAGCUGGUGAAGUUCAUGAUCCGCAUCGGCGUGUUCAGCGUGCUGUACCUCGUGCCCCUGCUGGUGGUCAUCGGCUGCUACUUCUACGAGCAGGCGUACCGGGGCGUGUGGGAGACCACGUGGAUCCAGGAGCGCUGCCGCGAGUACCACAUCCCCUGUCCCUACCAGGUCACUCAGAUGAGCCGUCCCGAUCUGAUUUUGUUCCUCAUGAAGUAUCUGAUGGCUUUGGUGGUUGGGAUCCCCUCGGUGUUCUGGGUGGGAAGCAAGAAGACCUGCUUCGAGUGGGCCAGCUUCUUCCAUGGGCGCAGGAAAAAAGAGGUCGUCAACGAGAGCCGCCAAGUGCUGCAAGAGCCGGACUUCGCCCAGUCGCUGCUGAGGGACCCCAACACGCCCAUUAUCCGAAAAUCCAGGGGCACUUCCACGCAGGGCACCUCCACGCACGCCUCGUCCACGCAGCUGGCCAUGCUGGACGAGCAGAGGAGCAAAGCCGGCAGCGUGCACAGCAAAGUCAGCAGCUACCACGGCAGCCUGCACCGCUCGCGGGACGGACGGUACACUCCCUGCAGCUACAGGGGCGUGGAGGAACGACUACCUCACGGCAGCAUGUCCCGGCUGACCGACCACUCCAGGCACAGCAGCUCGCACCGGCUCAACGAGCAGUCGCGGCACGGCAGCGUCAGGGACCUCAGCAGCAACCCAAUGACACACAUCAGCCACGGCACCAGCAUGAACCGCGUCAUCGAGGAGGAUGGCACCAGUGCCUGAGGGCUGCCAGGCUCCCGGUGCCUUCCUCAGCCAGGUGACACGCCCAGUAUUGUCCUCAGCCUCUCAGGUGCUCAGUUUGGGCUGAAUUUGGGAAGCCGGGGUUGGCUUCUCUGCCUGGAACUUGGCUUGGAGCUGGCUGAGUAAAAAAAAAAGCUGGUUGUCUCCUCUGAAACCUCUCUGGAGGUAAUUAUUUAUUUGAGAACUGUUCCUCAUCACACACAACUGCUGAAUUUCGGAUUCUCUGUGGAAACGAUCUCCCCCUUCCUUCUCUGUCCCUCCCUCUGUCCCUCCUUCCGUGCCAGCCCCAAAAUUUCGGUGUUGGGGUCGUGCUGGGAGUUGUUCUGAUGACACUCGAGGGGACUCUUGAUGGCUGAAGGAAUCCCUCCCUCCAGGGGACACGUCCAGCACUGCCUGAGGGACGCCUGGCAGCGUUUGGUCACACUGGAAACACCACAAGAAUGAGCAUUUUGAGAAGGAAACUCCUCUGAGGUUCACCAUUUCUUCCUCAGUUGUCCACAGGGUUCAGGGGAAGAGAGAGGCAGGCAAGAGCAGUUUUUUUAUAACUUGUAUUGUCCUUGCAUUUUUUACAAAAGACUAUUUAAAUUUUCUACUCGUUUACAAUUUCUGUAGGAAGAGAUGGGUUUUAAAAGCAGUUAUCUAGAUAAUGUUCAGCCAUUUAUUUUUUAGAGUCACGUAUAAAAGCUGAGAUGGCCUGCUCCUGAUCUAUUAAAAAAAAAUUAUCAUAGAAAAGCUGAAUUUGUCACCCAAGCAGGAAUGUACAGCCAGAGCUGAGCCUGUUUACAAACCCCAGCACCUGAGGCCAGAAGGAGCAGAGGAGUUGAUUCAAGGAUGCCCCACCUGCCUUGUGAUGUCAUGGCUGGUUUGGGGAGGGUUCUCUGUGCUGAGCAAGAAUUCAGAGAUGGGUGGGGGAACUGAGGCAGGAGCUGUCCCCAGAUGGGGAAAAAGGAGGAAGUUGCAGCUGGAAGCUGAGGAGGAGCCAGGAUCCACAGUUCAGGGACCUUGGUUACAGAUCCACCUCUGCUGGGGUUGUUUUCAUCCCCUACUGCAGAUUCAUGGUAGAGAAUUCUCAGUUUGGGCUUUUUUGUGUGGGGUACUUGAGGCAGAAGUCGAGGAUCGUGCUGGAGAUCUUCUGGAGCAUCUUCUGCAGAGGUUCAUUCUGAACGAGGCAGACCUACCUCAGUAACUGCUGCAGAUCACUGCUGGGAAAUGAAUCCUUAUUUUACAUUGUCCUUCCAUAAUUCCCUCCCUGACCUGCUGGAGGCACUUUGAGAAGCCUUUGUGCAUCAACCUCGAGGGCAGGAGCUGCUCCACAAUUAACUCCUUUUAAUUGCAGCUGGUGACACAACAGCAAAGCUCAUAACCUGCGUGCUGUGCAAUCAGAGGCUCCCAGACAGAUUCAUCCCAAAUUGUCUUUCUUGCUCCCACUGGGUCGGAGGGGAAGACAAAAGGAGCCCAGGAGUAACAAAGUUUUUUUGUUUGGAGUAACAAAGUUUUGUUGUCAGCCCAGCAGGGAGGUGCUGCACCCUGGGGCAGAGCAAACAGCCCAGGGAUUGCCUUGUCCCAGGGAGAACUGCCCGGAUCCAAAGCUCAUGGAAAAUCCUUUGGAGUGAUUUAAACCAGAGAAGUUGCAACUCCCUGGAAGCCCCAAGGGUGGAACCUUUGCUGUGUUCAAAUUCAGCUCCUCCUGCCUCACGUGCUGCCUCAAAGGGGUGAUCUGGUGGAAAUCUGGAUCUGUGGAAGAUGAGUUUUCCUAAACAAUGGAACUGAACUAAAUAAGCUCAAGGGUUUACCUUGAUCCUCUUGGCUCAAUUUCCAGUACUUUAAUCUUCUUUUUUUUUAAAAUAAAUUGCAGCAAUGCUUCGACUUGUUUAGAGACAGGGAGAGGAAUGCUGAUGGAGCUUGGAGAAGGAUCCUGCUGGAAAUGUUGUUAAUUAGUGAGGCUCAGUCCCCAUACUGCUUCCAGAUGGGAAUAUCCAAGUCAUUCCUUGCUCAUGGAUCCUAAAGGAACAGGCUCCUGUCACCCCAGAGAGGUGAUUAAACAUCAAACUGAAACUCUCUUCUACCUUCAACACCUGAGCUGUGCUCUCUUGGCAGAGGAUUCCUCCCUGGAAGAGCAUUCCUCACCCAUGGUUCUCCCCCAGCUGGGGCUCGCAGGGCUUCAGCUCCCAAAUCUGAGGUGCAUCCCAGUUUGAAUGUGACCCCACCAGCAUCUCAGGCAGGGGCACCAGGAUCUGGCUGCUCUCCCCACGAAGCAGGCAGGGAAGCUGGACAGUGCCUGGUUCUCCAGCUCAUCCCAAACUUCAUCCCUGUCCCUCCCACCAAAACUCUGCUCUGUGAAAUUGCUCCAUCAAAGCUGCAAAAUGCAUGACUCCUCAUUCCCAGUAUUCCCAGGGAUCUCCAGCUCCUGUUUUACCAACCUGACUGUGCUGACAGCAGAUCCCCCUGAGUCUGUGCUGUUCCCUCUCUUUUAAUCCCUUCACAGCUCCUGUGAAAUAUCCCGGAUCGGCGCUGCGCUCGCGUUGCAUCAAGAGCUGCUCCUCUUUUUUAAACCAUAAACAACCCAACAGCAGCAAACAGCCACAUUUGGCUGUCAGUGUUUUUGUGUUCUCCCCUUUUCUUCCAGUUUAGACCCAAAUUUUGUGCUGGAAGCUUGAAGCCACCAGCUCUAGGGGAGAGGUCAGUGGUGAGCACGGCUGAAAUCCAGUCACGGCCAAAUCCAGCGCUGCUCCCGAGUUGUUCCAGCAAGGAUGGAAGGGAAAAAAAUCCCUCAGGAAGGGCACAAGGAGAAGAGCAGUGCCCACCCUUCCAGGGGAGCCGAUUCUGCAGCCCAGCUCCGGGGCACUGAGGAUCCCAAAAAGCAGCAGGGAGCCGACAGCUGUGUCCGUGCGGUGAAAGCAGGGCACGGAGCAGAGCAUCCCCCGCCCAGGAGCCACCCCCAGCUCCCCCCUGAGCAGCAGAAUGUCCGGCUGAAUGUGAAGCUUUACCCCACCCCCCUGUGCUUCUUCUCUCAUGGGAUCAGGAUCGCUUUUGCCCCCAGGCGCUGUUCCCCCAGGCUCUGCUGUGCAUGGGGAGCUCGGUGCAUGCAAACCCUCGCAGCCCUUCCUCCCCUGCUGUGACAACGCCCAGGAAGGAGCUCCCGUGAAUCCUCUCAACUCGUGGAAUGUGUGGGCUGACCCCACUUGCACUCAGCUCUUGGUAGACUUGUUUACAGUUAGUCCAGUGUCGGUUUUGUAACGUUUAAUUUUUAGCACUUUAACUGUGAGUGUACAAAUUGGUUCCCUUGUAGUUGGUGUACAUUUUCAUUUUAGACCUUUGGAAGUUUUUAA